AAAGCCGGCGCCGUCCGUGAGCGCGCAACGCGGAGCAGCUCGCCGUUAGUGAAAAAUACAUAUCACGCCAACGCCGGAGCAGCCGCGCUGGACGCUCGCCGCUCCGCCGCGCUCAAAAGCCCUGCCCAACACACUGCUGCCAAAAAAUAGCACGCCAGCCGCCGCGCAAAAUAGCACGCAACACACGUAGCGCAAAGGAGAAUGGGCGCCGCAACGUCAAAAGACGAGGACCUCGAGUCCGACUCCUUCUCCGAGGUCGACGGCGACGACUGCGGCGACGAGGACCUCAUGCCGCGCAACGAGGAGCUCGAGGAGGCCAUCCUCAGCGAGUUCGUCGAAGCUUUGAUUGACGUCGCGCCGCCGACGUGGCCGCCGCCCUCAUGAGAUUUCUUGUCAUUAGCGCCGUCGCGGCGCUCGCGCCGUCGGAGCUCGGCCCGGCGCUUCACAAGGUCGGCUUACAGGAGGAGGCGGCUGCGUUACUACUCGACGCCGCCCCGGGCUGCGAAUUAACUCCAGACGACGCCGCGCGCAAAUUAUCUUCCCAAAUCCGCUCGCAAGCGGCACGCCGCGACCGCCACGACGCGGUCUGCCGCCGCGUCGCCGCGGCCUGCCGCGCACUACAUAGCGACGUGCGCCGCGACGCGCCCUUGUGGCGCCUCGGCCUCGACCUGAAGGGCCCCGGCCGCCGCGCCGUCGACGUCUCCAUCUGCGUUGAUGACGAGUGGUCCUUCGUCGAAGUGACGGUCCGGGCCUUCGCCGGCGACGUUUCUGUAGCCGAAGCGGCUAUCGACGAGAAGCGCGCGAAGUACGCUGAUUUACAGAGGGUUCACGUGCUCGCGCUCGACGCGGUCACGGGCCGCGCGUAUGAUGAUGUCUUUGCUGAUCUCGAGGCCGCGGGCUUGGUUGAUGACGGUGAUGAACUGGCCGACGCCUGUGCGGCCGCCGUCGUUACGCGUUGCGCUGCGCCGUUGCUGCCGCGGAAACGGCGGCGGAAGCCGGUACCGAUAACUGUAGAGCCGGGCCUGCCGCGGCCGAGGACUCGGCGCGAGCGGCGGGCGGCGCGCGCUGGCGGCGAAGGGUAAGGUAACUUAGAC